AUGGUAGCCAGACGGGGGAGAGGUGUGGGCGAGGGUGGUGAGUCAUCCGGUCAUGCCGUUAGCGACGAGGAGGGGGACGAGGAGGAGGAGGAGGCUGGUGCCGGGCUGCCUCGGAGGCUCCGCAAAGCAAAGCUGGGCUCGCGAAUGCAAAAGCCUCCACCCACCCACCCACCCCUUCCGUCUCGGUUGCUCCGCCCCCUUCCCUUCCUUCCUUUUCUUCUGCUUCGUCUUGGUCGCCUCAUAUUAGCCCGCCCCCCGCCUGUCCUCUUGAAUGUUGUUUCCUCCUGCUGCUGUGUCGCUUGCUCCUCGCCACCAUGGCUGCCCUCUCCUCUCUUCGUGUCGCGGUGCCGCAGCUUGACUCUCGACGGACCCUUCCUUGCUCCCACUUUGGUGGCGCGGGUUGUGAGAAAGCUUUCUUUCCGGUGUCAGAGCUCCAAGCUUCUUUUGGGGGCUGGCUGUGUCGCUGGGAAAAAGGCGCCUCUAAGUUCAGGCGGCGGCAAUGUGCGGGGUGCUGUGUCCGCAUCGAAGGCGGUGACGGAGAAGCCAAAUAGCGGGUCGAAGUCGGACAAGGCAGAUUUGUUGGUGACGAAAGAUGAAGGGCUGGAGCUGUACGAGGACAUGGUGUUGGGGCGGAGCUUCGAGGACAUGUGCGCGCAGAUGUACUACAGGGGGAAGAUGUUCGGGUUCGUGCAUCUGUACAACGGGCAGGAGGCGGUGUCGACGGGAUUCAUCAAGUUGUUGAAGCAGACGGACUUCGUGACGAGCACGUACAGAGACCACGUGCACGCGUUGAGCAAGGGCGUGCCGGCCCGGCAGGUGAUGGCGGAGCUGUUCGGGAAGAGCACGGGGUGCUGCCGGGGUCAAGGGGGGUCGAUGCACAUGUUUUCGGCGGAGCAUGGGUUGUUGGGGGGGUUCGCAUUCAUCGGGGAGGGGAUUCCGGUGGCGGUGGGGGCUGCUUUCACGAGCAAGUACAAGCGGGAGGUGUUGAAGGAGGAGGGCGACAUGCCGGUAUCGAUCGCGUUCUUCGGGGACGGGACAGCGAACAAUGGGCAGUUUUUCGAGUGUUUGAACAUGGCGCAGCUGUGGAAGCUGCCAGUGAUAUUCGUGGUGGAGAACAACUUGUGGGCGAUCGGGAUGUCGCAUUACAGGUCGACUUCGGAUCCGGAGAUCUGGAAGAAGGGCCCGGCGUUCGGGAUGGCGAGCGCGCACGUGGACGGGAUGGACGUGCUGAAGGUGCGGGAGGUAGCGAAGGAGGCGGUGGAGAGGGCUCGGAGAGGGGACGGACCAACGCUGAUCGAAUGCGAGACGUACCGAUUCAGGGGCCACUCGCUGGCGGACCCGGACGAACUGCGAGCGCCAGCUGAGAAAGCGCAUUACGCUGCGAGGGACCCGAUUGUGGCGCUGAAGAAGUACCUGUUGGACAACGAGAUAGCGACGGAGGCGGAAUUGAAGUCGAUCGAGAAGAAGAUCGACGAGGUGGUGGAGGAUGCAGUGGAAUUCGCGGACGCGAGCCCACUGCCGGGGCGGAGCCAGCUGCUGGAGAACGUGUUCGCGGACCCGAAAGGGUUUGGAAUAGGGCCUGACGGGAGAUACCGAUGCGAGGAUCCGGGAUUCACUGCGGGAACCGCGCAGGUGUGAGGGUGUAGAUGCAGAGAAGUGGGGGUGGGUUGGGGAGGAGUUGGUUGGAAGGCCUCGGGGAGUGCUCGAAGCGAACACGGCACGCAGGGCGCGUACUGUGGGGUGCAUUGGGAAGCACGAGAAAGAUGGGGAAGGGUGGAUUGGGUAGGGGGUAGCCGUCCGGUCGGCGUAAUGUAGCGGCUGGAAGGGAGAGUGAACCCACGAGCAGAGUGUGGGGAUACAGGUAGAGGUGGAAUGGGUGGGAUUCGAAAUAGGGUUUAACAGGGUGGUGUGGAGGAGGACCACGAGUUAGACCAAUGUACGCUAGUGUAUCUGCAGGAAGCAGUUGUGAAAUUUUUGUGUUAGGAAGCUUGGUUGGCGAUAUAUAUUUUUGUUGAUGGA